GCCUGCACUAAUCCGGCUCCGUUACACCCGGGAUAGAAGAGGCUGCUCCCUCCGGGCGCUGCCACAGUGCAGAUGCUGCCCUCCUGACCGCCCUCUGCACCGGGACCCAGGAGCCUCGCCAGACCGGGAGCACCGCAGGGCAGCCGCCUUCUGCCCGGAGAGUCCCCAUGGAGCAGGGCGGUGGGGUGGGCAGCAUGCCUGGUGCUGGGGGGGCCGGUGGCACGGCCCCUCCUGAAGCAGUGGGCAACGCAGCCCCAGCGGCCCCUCAGGCUGCCCAGCCCCAAGGGGGGACGGUGCCGGCUGCCGCCGAGGCGCAGGACGGAGGGCAGGCAGAGCCUGGGAAGGAGAAGGCUGUGGGAGACGCCGGAGGAGGGAAGGCAGAGCCGGUGGGGCAGACGGCGCCGACUGUUCAAGAGCCACAGGCUGGAGGGAAGGCAACGCCGGCAGAGGAGGCAGCUUCAGCUGCGCAGCACGAUGGAGGGCAGGCAGCAGCCGUCGAGGAGAAGGUGCCGGCUGCUGCCAAGGCCCAGGAUGGAGGCAAGGAUGGGAAGGAAAAAGCUCUAGCUGCAGGAGAGCUCAAAGGAGGGAAGCCCUCUGUGGAAGGGAAGGCUCCAGCUGUAGCAGAGGCUCAGGACGGAGGGAAGCACAAGCCCGGGAAGGAGCAAGCCCCUGGCGGGUUAGAGGCUGGGGUUGGUGGGAAAGCAGAGCCCACGGAGAAGGCGGCUCCGGCUGCAGUGGAGGCUGAAGGAGGGAAGGCAAAACCCGCAAAGGAGACGGCCUUGGCUGCAGCAGCACAGGCUCGGGAUGGAGGCAAAGAAGAGCCUGCAAAGGAUAAAACCAUGGCUGCUGCAAAGGAAAAGCUCUCAGUGGCUCCAAAGUGUCAGGAUGGAGGGAAGAAAGCUGCAAAGGCAGAGAAAACCCCAGCUGAUAAAAAGCCUGCAAAGGAGAAGACUCCAGCUACUGUAAAAGCUCAGGCAGGAGAGGAUAAAGUGGCAAAGGCAGAAAAAGCCCCAGCUGCAAAAAAAGCUCAAGAUGGAGGCAAAGAGGAGCCUGCAAAGGAGAAAGCCGCAGCUCCUGCAAAGGAGAAGGCCUCAGAUGCUGCCAAGUCUCAGGAUGGAGAGAAGGCAGCAGCAAAGGCAGAGAAAACCCCAGCUGCAAAAAAGGCUCAGGAUGAAAGCAAAGAAAAGCCUGCGAAGGAGAAAGCCGCAGCUCCUGCGAAGGAGAAAGCCGCAGCUCCUGCGAAGGAGAAAGCCGCAGCUCCUGCGAAGGAGAAGGCCUCAGAUGCUGCCAAGUCUCAGGAUGGAGAGAAGGCAGCAGCAAAGGCAGAGAAAACCCCAGCUGCAAAAAAGGCUCAGGAUGAAAGCAAAGAAAAGCCUGCGAAGGAGAAAGCCGCAGCUCCUGCGAAGGAGAAGGCCUCAGAUGCUGCCAAGUCUCAGGAUGGAGAGAAGGCAGCAGCAAAGGCAGAGAAAACCCCAGCUGCAAAAAAGGCUCAGGAUGAAAGCAAAGAAAAGCCUGCGAAGGAGAAGGCCCCGGCUGCUGCAAAGGAGAAGUCUCUGGCUGCUGUAAAGGCUCAGGAUGGAGGGAAGGAAGCCGCAAAGGUGGAAUCCCCCCCAGCUGCAGCGGAGGCUGGGGAUGGAGGCAAGGAGCCCACAGAGGCAGCGGCCGUGGCUGCUGCGAAGGCUCAGGGUGAAGGGGAGAAAGCGGCAAAGGUGAUGGAUGAGCAGCAGCAGUCGAGGGGUCCUGAGCCCCCGCGCCCGGUGCUGCUGCAGAGCCUGAGCUGCCCAGCCGCUUGCCAAAGGGAGGAGCAGCCCUGGGCGGGGGUGGCAGCGAUGGAGAUGAUACCGGAGGAGACCACAGCCGCGGAGCCGAGAGAGGGUCCGACGGAGCCUGGCCCUGCCCCGUCAGCCCCAGGGGACCAGCAGCCCCCGGAGACCCCCGGCCCCGCAGGGAGCCCUGGCACCCCCCAGGAGAGGACAUUGCCCGGUGCCACAGGGCAGCCCCCGGAUCCCACCGGGGCCACGGAACAGCCUGGCCCUGGGGGGCAACCGUCCUCGACAGAAGCAGAGCCACCCCCCAGCCCCUACCUCACCCCCGAUUUUGGGAAGGAAGACCCUUUCGAGAUACUGGAUGAUGUCCCUCCGCCGCCGGCGCCCUUCGCGCACCGUAUCGUCACCCUGCGGUCCGGCAACAUCAGCUCCCAGUUCAACCUCAGCUCUAAGGACAUCCUGGGAGGGGGCAAGUUUGGCGAAGUCCACACGUGCACGGAGAAGCAGACAGGGCUCAAGCUGGCGGCCAAAGUGAUCCGGAAGCAGGGUGCCAAGGACAAGGAGAUGGUGCUGCUGGAGAUCGAUGUGAUGAACCAGCUGAACCACCGCAACCUCAUCCAGCUCUAUGAUGCUAUCGAGACACCCCGGGAGAUCAUCCUCUUCAUGGAGUUCGUGGAGGGCGGCGAGCUCUUCGAGCGGAUCGUCGACGAUGACUACCACCUGACGGAGGUGGACUGCAUGGUGUUCGUCCGGCAGAUCUGUGAGGGCAUCCGCUUCAUGCACCACAUGCGCGUCCUCCACCUCGACCUCAAGCCCGAGAACAUCCUCUGUGUUGCUGCCACCGGGCACAUGGUGAAGAUCAUCGACUUUGGGCUGGCUCGAAGGUACAACCCCCAGGAGAAGCUGAAGGUGAACUUCGGCACCCCUGAAUUCCUUUCCCCCGAGGUGGUCAACUACGAGCAGGUCUCCUACUCCACGGACAUGUGGAGCAUGGGCGUCAUCACCUACAUGCUGCUCAGCGGCCUCUCCCCCUUCUUGGGUGACAAUGACACUGAGACACUCAACAACGUCCUGGCUGCCAACUGGUACUUCGAUGAGGAGACCUUCGAGAGCGUCUCUGAUGAGGCCAAGGACUUCGUCUCAAACCUCAUCAUCAAGGAGAAGAGCGGCCGGAUGAGCGCCGGCCAGUGCCUGCAGCAUCCCUGGCUCAACAACCUGGCAGAAAAGGCCAAGCGCUGCAACCGCCGGCUCAAGUCCCAGGUGCUGCUCAAGAAAUACGUCAUGCGGCGGCGCUGGAAGAAAAACUUCAUCGGGGUGUGUGCAGCCAACCGCUUCAAGAAGAUCACCAGCUCGGGGUCGCUGACAGCACUGGGCGUCUGAGCAGGGGGCUCCCGGUGGGAGCCCGAGCCUCGUGUGAGCCGAGGCCAGAGAGGAACUGCUUGAGAGAGUCCCACGUCAGUCUUGCUUCUGGACGGCAGCAGGACCUCGCUGGGCUCCUUGCUUCGCACCUCGGGGGCCAGAGGCUGGAGCCACGCAGCCCCCUCCCUGCCCGUACUGCUGCCGGAUGGCUGCUCUGGACCCUGCUGCGGCACGCCGCUGCACCCCUGCUCCGUGCCCCCCGCCACCGCGGGUGCUGCUCUGCUGCGUCCCUUGGGGCUGCGCCCUGCCUUGGCACGCAGCGGCUGCGGGACUGCUCGGGGGGGCCGGGACCCCGCCGGGCUCCUCACCCGCACCAGCCGCUGCGGAGCUGCUCUGCCGAGCUUAUCUCACCCUGUGCCACAUUUCUGCGCCGGGGACCUGCUGCUGGGGAUGCCGGCAGCACCCUCCUGGGCUCCUGGGGCUCCAGCCCUCCCCGUUCCCAUUGAGCCAAUGUUCCCGUGUGGAUUUCCUCAGACUGCGAGGCCGCUCCCGAGUGCUGGUUUCCAAUCUCAUCCCUGGCCCAGCUGUGCGAUGCCUGACCUGCAGCAUCUCUGCUCCGCUCCUCCUUCCUUCUCAUGGCCCUGGAGGAGAAAUUCCGGCUGCCUGGGCCGCCCUGCGCGCUUGCCGCUACCUUGGACCCAAGACUUGCGUGCUCUGCCUGUAAAUGCUGCAACCCUGCCCUGCCUUCGCUGUCGCUGGACCCUGAGCUGCCCGACCUCCCUUCCCAGCACCGUGGCUUGGUGCAGGGAUGCUGGAGGGCAGGCGUGGACCCUCACCCUGGCGCUUUGGCACCGGAGCCGGGGCCCAAGCGCCUCCUCCUUGGCCGGCUGGGCGUGCGGGAGCGGAGCUGGCCCCGAGCUGCUGCUCGCACAGGAAGGGAGGAAGCGGCGAGCACGCUUCCAGCAGUGUCCCCAGCUGGGAGCCAGCGAGGGAAGAAGGAGGCUUUGUGUUCCUCCUGCCCUCCCUGCCCUUCGGCUCUGCCAGCGGGGGAAAAACACAACCUCUGCUUCACCCGUCCCCGCCAGAUCAAGAUGAGCGAGGCGUCCUAAUGCAGAGCAGCUGGACCGUGCUCCCCCGCGAGCAUCGCUCCAGCCCCGACCACCAACACACAGGAACUGCUGGUCGGCGGCUGCGGCCGCCAGCUCCCCCCGCCACACGCGGGGGCUCCCCGGGACCGGCCGGACCGUGGGAGGCGGGUGCUGCCCCCGCUCCUCCGCCUCGCCCCGACCCCCUUCCCCUCUGCCUGCGCCCCUCAGGGGUCCCCGAUGCUGCCGGAGAAUGGGCAGCCCCUGGGCUUUGCAGCUUCCAGCCUUGCCCGCUGCAGGAGGGGAUGGGGGGCUGGUGGGGGGUCCCGGGUUCUCCCUGCUCUCCAGCUUUGUCUUUCGCUGUGGCCGAGCCCCCCCGAGCCAGGGCUGUGUGCUUGCUCUGGGGCCGUCUGUGCCCUCUGCGCCUGCUGGAAAAAACCUGGGGAGAGAGGGGGGAGGCGCUGGCCCCCCAGCCCCACCGGCUGCAGCAGGUGAAGGGGCUUCAGGUUUGUCCCCACCAGGCAGGGGCCGUGACUCGCAGCGCCCAGCCUAAUGCCCGAGUCCUGCCCGGCUCUCGCCUUCUUGUAAAUAAAUGUACAGGUCUGCCCGCA